AUGAUCCAUAUGAAAGCAAGACAUGAACCUCAAUUUGAUGAAUUAGUUGGAGACUUACGUUUAGAAAAAACAAUCAUUAAUCAAGCUAUUGAACGUACUCAAAGUGAUGAUGAUAAUGAUGAUGAGGUGAGAGAUGUACUUCUUCAUUCACAAAAUUAUAAGCGUUUCGAAGAUAUUGAACCAAAAGAAGAAAUAAAAAACGUUCAAGUCAAUGUACCUGAGAUAAAACAAAUAAACAUGCUGAAAAACUUCAUUUAG